CUCUCAGCAGCCAGUGCUUCUCUCUCCAGUCACUUUUUCACCCUCCUCUGGAUCUUGUUCUCACGCUCUCGCUUCUUCUUGCCGGUGGUCUCUCUCUGCACUCCUCGUCUGCUGGCUUUUGUCUCUUCUGUCACAGAGUGCUGGACAUUGGAUCAGUGACCAACACAUGCAGCAUCACCUGCGAUCGAGCAUCCAUGUCGGCUCCAGCGGUCACCACGGCGGAAGGUGGGCUCCUGUCGCAGAGUUGAAGAGCACAGGAGGAGGGUGUGUCACGUCCCCGACCUUCCACACGUUGAUGCGCCAUGGAUUAAAGCCCUGAAUGGUGCUUCGGGCUCAACGCAGCUGAUUUAGUGAGGCUGUCAGACUUCAAUUCGCUGGAGGCCUCUUCCACCUUUGCUGCUGCCCGUGUUGUUUUCUGAGGAAGAGCCUCUGUCAAGCGUUUCAGCAACAGCAACAACACAAUUACCCAAAGGGAUGACUCGCCGUCAUCAGGCUAAAGAGUAACAGAGGAGGCAAUGGGCUGGACUAUGACUUUUAAAGAUGACUUAGAGGUCAUUGCCUGGACACGGCAAACUGGGAGCUCCCUCAGUUUCUUCUUCCUCCUGUUCCUCUUUUUUGUACCAGUCAAAUUGGACAUAGUGAUUCCACGUGACCAUCAGUUCUCAUGGAAAACAGGCCAGUGGGGUCAGUGUGUCGGAGAAGAGUGUGGAUCCAAGGGGGUUCAAGUCAGGACGGUGUGGUGCGUCCACAAAGAGGGGUGGACUACCCACCACUCUCACUGUCAGCACAUCAAUAAACCCGAUGGCCAACGGAAUUGCUUCAAGGUCUGCGGAUGGCAUCAAGACCUUUUCGAGUGGGAGCUGUCGGACUGGGACACCUGCGUACUCAUCCCUUUCUUUUCCGAUGAGCUCAAGCUCAGGACCACUGAGUGUAUUACUGCACAGCAUGGCAUCCAGAGGAGAAAAGUUCAGUGUGUGCGGACUUUGAAUCGCACGUCUGUCACCUCCAGGAUAUGUGAGUUCUUCUCCCAGAAACCAGAUGUGGAGCAAGCGUGCCUCAUACCCUGUCCGCAGGACUGCGUUGUGUCGGACUUCACUUCCUGGUCAGGCUGCAGCAAGACAUGCGGCACUGGCCUCCAGCAUCGGACUCGACACGUUCUUGCCACGCCGUUGUAUGGUGGCGAAAAGUGCCCUAAUUUAACAGAGACCAGGACUUGUUCUAACAUCAUCGAGUGCCCAACUGGGGAGAGUCAGUACCAUUAUAGCCUUAAAGUCGGAGCCUGGACCGAGUGCAGACUGCCUCAUCACAAAGACCUCCUGAAUGGUCGGACUACUGUAGAUUUCGGAAGCACGAAGGAGAACAACACCGUCACGACAGACACGCUGGCGUCUCACCACGACUCCCAAAUUCAGCACCAUGGCCAGCACCAGAGCCCAAUGUCUUGGGAGUUGGAAGUGGGAUACCAAACACGGCAAGUCCGCUGUACACGGAACGAUGGCAAGAAUUCCAUGUUAAGUCUUUGCACCAAGUACAACUCCCCGCUGACCUUCAGAGUCUGUGUGAUACCCAAAGACUGUCACACGUCACACUGGUCAUCGUGGAGCUCGUGCUCCAAGACCUGCCGCUCCACUGACUUGUCUCCUGGUUACCGUCUCCGCUCACGAAUCAUGACACAAAUUCCAGUGGGCGGGGAGAAGCCAUGUCCACUCCUGGAGGAAAAAGAGGCUUGUAACAUCAUCGGAGAUUUACUGCCCAACUGCCCGAGAUAUGAGUGGAGGACCACGGACUGGGAUGACUGCCGUAUUGCUCCAUUACUGACCAGAAAACACAGGAUGGUCGCUAACAUCAGUGCACUGUGCGGAGGAGGGAUUCAGACCAGAAAGAGUUACUGCGUUCAAAUCCCUCAUUACUCAACCCCACAUCACAGAAAGGAAGUCUCCAGACCUGUGCACACGAGGAAAUGUGCGAGCGAAGAGCCACCGGUGGCAGUCAAACAAUGCUCCAUCCCCUGCCAGCAGCACUGCCGGCUCACACUGUGGUCACCCUGGGGAGCCUGCGAGCCCGACUCCUGCAAAGAACCACUGGGACGAAAAGGUUUUAUACACAGACGACGAUGGACUCUGUGGGAGUCCAGCAGCCCCCUGGAGACCUGCCCUCAUCUCAUUGAGUCCAUCCCCUGCGAAGAUCCUGUUUGCUACCGGUGGAAAAUUCACUAUCAGGGUAGAUGCCUCCCCACUACAGGCCCCUGCGGCCCUGGAACUGCAGUACAGAAUGUGACCUGUGUUGACCCUCAAGGUGAAGAGGUGCCUGCCGCCCUCUGCAGAGAUGAUUCUCCCUCCACAGAAAUCAGCUGUGAUGUCCCGUGUCCCGGGGACUGUGUGGUCAGCUCCUGGUCAGCGUGGUCAGCGUGCUCCCACAGCUGCGCUACAAAGACCUCAGAGGGCAGGCAGAGCCGGACACGCACUGUACUGGCCCUUCCUGGAAAAGGAGGGAAACCGUGUCCGGCCGCUCCAGCGCUGGAGGAGUGGAGGGUCUGCAACAAUCAUACCUGCAAUAUCAUCCACUGGGAGACUUCAGCCUGGGGUCCGUGUAUAGAGGAACACCCCUCGGAUGCCAAUGCCACAGUCCUUUCAAAUGCCACAGCUUCCUGUUCAAAAGGCGUGCAGACCCGCAAAGUCACCUGCAUUAGAGGGAACAGUGGACCUGUCAUGAACAAAAGGUGUCCUGAAUCUACUCGGCCGGAAACAGUCCGACAAUGCUCGCCUCCCUGCAAGAAAGACUGCAUCGUGACGCCCUUCAGCGAAUGGACGGCCUGUCCAACAACGUGCAUGACAGAAAAUGCGACAGCCGCCACCCAAUCCCGCUACCGGAUGAUAAUUCAGCGGGCGGCUCACGGAGGGCAGGAAUGUCCCGACACUGUGUACGAGGAGAGGGAGUGUGACUCACAUCCUUUGUGCCCCGUUUACAGGUGGCGGAUACACAAGUGGCAUAGCUGCUCCGUGGUUCCAGAUUCCGUGCAGCGGGGGAUAGCGGGUUCAGGAGAACCCUGUGGAAAUGGUUUGGAAACAAGAGGAGUCAGUUGUGUGGGAGACGACGGGGAGUUGGCCAACAUGACGGACUGCCUGCGAUGGGCUGAUCCUCUGCCCCCACAGAUCCGACGCUGUCGGGUGGCUUGCAAGGAUGACUGCACCCUAACUGCCUGGUCCAAAUUUUCCGAGUGUGCCGGAUGCGGCAGCUCUCGAUAUCGAAGGCGUUCACUCGCAGGUCGCAGCAAAAAGAAGGAACAUUGCCAGAAUCAGAAGCUGUACCCACUGGAAGAGAGGGAACCUUGUCCCUGCGAUGACUAUCUGUCACAGCCCUUUGGGAACUGGUCGGCCUGCGUUCUGCCACUGCCAUCCACAUCCUGGUCCCUGCAGAGCUGGACGAGCCACCAGGAAGUGAAGGAGUGCGGCCAAGGCCUCCGCUACAAAGCUGUCGCCUGCACCGACCAACAGGGACAUUUGGUCGACGCCACGCUGUGCACAGAAACGGGCUACAUGGUGGAGGUCUGCCACGUUCCCUGUCCUACAGACUGCAAGCUCAGUGAUUGGUCAGCCUGGUCUGCCUGCAGUGUGUCCUGCGGAAGUGGACUCAAACUCCGCUCCAAGUGGCUGAGGGAGAAGGCUUUCAAUGGCGGUCGCCCGUGUCCCAAACUGGAUCUGAAGAACCAGGUGUAUGAAGCAGUUCCGUGCCAUCAUGAGUGCAGCCAGUACGUGUGGCGGAUUGAGCCCUGGUCCAUUUGCACCAUCAACACUGUGGGCGACUCUCCAGCCUGUGGGGAGGGAGUGCAGAGCCGCAAGAUCAGAUGUGAGGGAAAAGUAGCUGCCAUGAGAAACAUCACCACCGUGGACGAGACUCUGUGUGAUCAGGAGGAAGCGCCGCCCAGCACCCAGGUCUGCUUCGUGGCCUGCCCUGAUGAAUGUGCGAUGGCCCCCUGGGGACCUUGGAGCAACUGCCCCCUGCAAUGUGACCAAGGGUCCGAGAGAAGCCGGAGCAGAGACGUCCUCCGCCUCCCUGCUGCUGAAAACAUCACCUGUCCGGAGCAGAACCAGACGGAGCCCUGUGUCCUCAACAACACCUGCUUCACCUUCCAGUACAGCGUCUCAGAGUGGAGCACGUGCCAGCUGAGCGAAAAUGCCGUGUGUGGUCAGGGAUCACGGCUGCGGCUGCUCGACUGUAUCCGCAGCGACGGCAAGAUAGUGGAGCCACACAAGUGUAGGAAGUUUGGUCAGAUGAAGUGGAAGCUGUCAGAGUCCUGUGUGGUCGACUGUCCUGUCAGCUGCAUCCUCUCCGAUUGGUCGCCGUGGUCCACCUGCUCACACACCUGUGGAAACCGAGGGCAACAUCUGCGCACACGAAGGAUCCUGCAGGAAGCUAAUGAGGAGGGUCGACCUUGUCCCACCCUGCUGUCCCAAACAAAGCCAUGUCCCAUGAGACCUUGCUACACGUGGCUGCUGAGCGACUGGUCGCCCUGCGCCAUCGAGGAUGCAGACUGCGGUGAGGGACUUCGGAGGAGGAACCUAUCGUGUGUGGUCCACUGGGGGGGCGAGGUGAAGUCUCCACCUCAGCUGAUGAAGGAGGAACUGUGCGGGGACAUGCUGCGGCAGCAGCUGCAGCAGGAGAUGGAGCAGCCCUGCUUUGUUCCUUGUCCAGGAGACUGCCAUUUGAUAGAGUGGUCACCAUGGAGCUCUUGUCAGCUGACAUGUCUGGAGGGGCGAAGCUUUGAGAGCACCGGUCGGCGGGCCAGAUCCAGAGCUGUGGUCAUGCAGGUGAUGGACAACAAGGACAGCUGCCCACAGCAAGUCUUCGAGACCCAACCGUGUAAAGGAGGAAAAUGUUACAGUUACCAGUGGAGGACGGGAGGAUGGAGCAACAACGAAAGAGCAGUUUGGUGCCAGCGCUCCGACGGUCUGAUAGUCACAGGGGGAUGUUUCCCGCAGAAGAGGCCGACCAUGGUCCGUCACUGCCAUCCACCGUGCACCAAGCCCUUCUCACACUGCACGCCGAGUGGGGUGUGUGGGUGUGAGAAGGGUUACAUCGAGGUGAUGACCACACACGGCUUCUUGGACUACUGCACCAGAACACCAGGAGUGGACAACAGCAAAAAAGCAGAUGUGAAGACCAAUUCUGGAAGGUUUAAACCUGGACCAUCUAAAGCCCAGGACCUGUUCACCGAGUGGACCCUGCGACCGGUUGGACCAGAUGGUCGAGUGAAGCUGUGGGUUUACGCGGCGACUGCGGUCGGAUUCAUCUUGAUUCUCUUCAUUAUUGCUUUUUCUUUCCUGCUCUGCAAACCAUCCGAAAACGCCAAGACGACGCCCCCGCCACAGAAACCUUUAACCCUGGCGUACGACGGUGACGUGGACAUGUAACCAAGAUCUCACUGUUAAAUGCGGAUUCUUAACUCGUCCUUCACGUUCGGUUGCUUGUAAGCUGAUUGUUGGAGUCGCGAAGUAAGUGUUGUUUAAACCCCAAAUUUGGGUGGAAGUGAAGACAAAAAAACCAGACUUGAUUUUGAAGUUUUAUAACUGGAGCUGCUACAUGUUGACAGGACACGUGUUAAAUCUGAGGACCACAAGGAAGGAGACAGACAUUUCACCUCCUCUCAUCGGUGUAUAAGGGAACUCACAAGCCUUUUUAAGACUCUCUUUAUGCACUACGUUAGUGCUUAUUCACUUUUGUUUUGCUUUUUUCAAACAACUUUUCUAGUGUUUUGGAUUGUUAUGCAAGUUGUUGCUGUUGGAUUGUGUUUUGUUGAUGAUGCCUGACGUGUAUAUGUGGAAACCAAAAGCAGACUCGAGUAAAAUAAAGAUGCAAUGCAGCUCCAUCCUUUUUGGCCUCCCGAUUAAAAAAAUGCAAAUUUUAUGGUAGAUCAAGUGAAACCAGCAUGACACAUACCUCAUAUGCUCUUCUCAUCAAACAGGUGCUGAUUGUUGAAAGUUCACGGGAUCACGUGUGGCCUUGUAAAUCCAAUUCUAAUGUAAUAAAAAUGA